CGUUCCUCUAGAAAAUAAUUACACCAAAUUUAAAUAUUCAAACGGGAAGUGAUUGUUGCCCUGCUUCCCUGUGCGUGCUUUUGUGAGUGUCCUACAUCUCAGUUUUAGAAGAAAAAAACAAACUAAAGAAAUCCCUACACCAGCCCCCCCCCCCAAAAAAAAAAAAAACUAUUCAAAGAAAACAAUUCUGUUACGACGGCGAGUUCAUCAGGAGCCCCACCACUACUACCACCGCUACCAUCCGUUUGUUGGUCAUUGGGCAGUAGUGGCAACAGUUCUACCACCACUACCAUGAAGCUGGAACCCCCCGUACCUGUUCCGGUCGAUUCGAUCCUGUCGUGGGGCUGCGCUGGCGGUGUAGGAGCCGACGACGACGACGACCUUCUCAACGGCAAAUUCAAUUCGUGCGACAUGGCCGACUCGACGACGGGCAGCAGUUUGCACGAUCACCUGCACCACCACAACAGCAGCCUCUCUGGCGGAGGGAGCGGUCACCACAGCAUGGCCGGAAGUAGUUCGGGUAGUAUGUUAAAUUGCGGUGGAGGCAGCGCCCUCUCAGGCUCGGGUGGUCCAAUCAACCAGAGCAACAAAGCCACGUUGCUGUCGCUGGACAACCUCGACGGACUCCUCCUGUCCGGCGCCACAGUUCUGACGACGCCGACGACGCCCGGACCCGGUCCGGGUGGGGGUCACAGCUUCGCCGAACUGAAACCACUCGCCCUGCCACCUUUCGAAUACGGAAGUGGCAACAAUGGCGGCGGCAACAGUCUCUCCCUGGACGGCUCUUUAAACAGUUCCGGAUCCAGUCACCAUCAUCACAUGGGCGGCGGAGGAACGCGUACCAUCCUAGACAUUAACCUCAACCUGUACAAAGCCAGCCCGUCUGGCAACAACAACAACAAUAACAACAACAAUAAUAAUAAUAACAACAACAACACCAGCAAUAACAACAACAAUUCGGGCAACCUCAGCUACUACGGCAGUGGAGGUAGUGGCGAGCCGGUCUCGACGACGACGUUGGUCAACGGCCUGGUCAGCGUCGGUGUAGUCAAGGCUGAAAGUAUGGCCGACUAUUUGAUGAACCCCGAAAUCGACGACAUCGCCGCCAUCAUCGGAAACGCCAUCGCCGACAGCACGGUGGCAUCGGCUUCAGCGUCAACAGGUGGCGUCGGUGUCGGCGGCGGCGGAAUGGGCGGCGGAGGAGUGAGCAACGUGGCGGGCGUAGGUCUCGGCGGAGUCGAAAGCUUGGGUCCGGAUAUCCGCGACCCCUGGGCAGACAUCGACGCCUGGAUCGAGAGCGCUUGUUCCACUGUCUACAAGCACGAGCCCAUGCUGGAGAGUCCAGCGUCUUCCGUCACGUCAGGCACGUCGCAUUCGUCAUUGUCUUCCGUCAGUCCUGCCUUCGCCCAUCCGUCUCAGCUUCCGCCUAUGAGCUCCUUACAGCCGCAACAGCAGCCACACAACAGUAGCUGUAGUGUCAGUUCGACGCUACAGGCGUUGCUGAGUCAAGGGGCGGCGGCAGCCGGAAGCGUAGCCUUGGCUCACAUGAGUCAAGAUCCUUCCGCAGGAGGUGGCCAGAACAAUCUCUCCGUGAAAAGUGAGCCCUCCAUGGAUAUGCCUCUGCUGCAGCGACGGUUGACGGCCGGCCGAGAACCCAACCUGAACAACAGCAGCAAUGGAGGUAAUGGACCCAUGGGCGGAUUUGUGUCCUGUUCCAUGGCCGGAUCGUCCAACAAGGAGCUGCAACAACUGCCACACACCACCUUCCACACGGGUCCCACUCUGAACCACGUGACGACGUCGCAGUUGCCUCACCUCGGCGGAGGGGGCGACUCGAGCGGGUGUCAUUCGAGCAGCUAUCCUGCCACUGCCCGUCGUUCGACGGCCGUCAAGAGCAGCAGUAGCGGAUACAAUAAUAAAGAUUUAAGCGAUCUCGACGAUCCGAUGAGCGGUGGAGGUAGUGGCGGUGGAGGUGGCGGCUCGAGUGGUCGAUCCAAACACAAGAAUCGCUCGGGUAAAGCCAAGAUGACGACCGUGAUGACGACAGACGGAUCUGGCAAGGAGAAACCUGUCCACCGGUGCAACAUUUGCAAUCGGGGCUUCCUUAACAAAUCCAACAUCAAAGUCCACCUUCGCACUCACACCGGAGAGAAGCCGUUCAAGUGCGAUGCCUGCGCCAAGGCGUUUCGUCAAAAGGCCCACCUGUUGAAGCACAUGCAGAUUCACAAACGAAUCACUAGAGACUGACCUAUAUUUUUUUUCAAUUUAGACGAGGAUAAAAAAAAAAUUGAGUAACUAAAAAAAAUUUGUAUAGCAAUCGAACAUUAUUCAUCCAGAAUCAUCAGGCAUUGAAAGAGAUUAUAAAACCUUUUUGUUUCUUCAUUUUUUUUUCCUUAUUAUUUCCUUCCCAGAGAUAUAUAUAUCCUCCUCUUUCUUAUACGAUGAGCACUGUGACGAUUAUUCUUGGGAUGUGGUGCAUGUCACCAGGAUGCAGAGACCAACUCUGUCAAAAUCAGGCUUCCCGGUUCCAAAAAAAGAUAGAAAACUUACCAACACUCAUGAAAUUUUGUGGUAGUGUUAGUGACAACUUUUUUUGAAUGUAUCAUUCCUGAAAAACGUUGAGAACAAGAAAAAAAAAUCAAUUCUGGUUCGAUGAAAAAGAAAAAAAGAAAACCAUUUAAUUUAUUUACUUUUUUACGACACGUGUCACUUCCUUUUGCUCCCAAUUCUCUUCUUAUACAACAUAUUCGGUUUCCUUUAGAAUUUUCUGUAACCAAAAA